AUGGGGCCAGGAAGAGAAACAUUACCAGGCGUUGAUUGGGGCGAGUCACCAAAAGGAGGCCGAGGAGGAAAUGUGCACAUGGGGAUUCCGUUAAUUUAUUUUUUGAUUGUAAUUAACAGGAAUGGGGUUCAGCAGAGGAGGAAUUCAUUUGAAGAUGGAGUGUCCGGCACCACCUGUCCAAUUCCUCCAGGCAAAAACUUCACUUACAUUUUACAGGUCAAAGAUCAAAUAGGUAGCUUCUACUACUUCCCAUCUCUUGCUUUCCACAAGUCUGCCGGUGGUUUUGGUGGGAUUAAGAUCCUCAGCAGGCCUCGAAUUCCCGUUCCCUUCCCCGAACCAGCUGGAGAUUUCACCCUUCUCAUCGGAGAUUGGUACCAACACGAUCACUCCGUCUUGAAGACAUUGCUAGACCGAGGUCAUAGACUUCCUUUUCCUGACGGAGUCUUGAUCAAUGGUCGCGGAACUACUACGAAUAAGGCUUCUUUUACUGUUGAACAAGGAAAAACGUACAGGUUUAGAAUCUCAAAUGUUGGGCUGCAAAAUUCACUCAAUUUUCGGAUUCAAGGUCACCAAAUGAAACUGGUUGAAGUUGAAGGGACCCACACAGUACAAACCUCCUAUUCAUCCAUUGAUGUCCAUGUGGGCCAGUCCGUUUCAGUGCUAGUUACCAUGGACCAGCCCGCACAGGAUUACUACGUGGUAGCCUCAACCCGGUUCACCCGCAAAGUCCUCACCACAACCGCCACCCUUCACUAUAGCAACUCGGCCCGUCCGGUAUCCGGUCCAAUCCCUGGCGGACCAACCACUCAAAUUGAUUGGUCUAUAAACCAAGCUCGUUCUAUCAGGACUAAUUUAACAGCAAGCGGACCAAGACCGAAUCCACAGGGUUCAUACCACUAUGGUAUGAUUAAUAUUUCAAGAACAAUCAAGCUUGAGAGCUCUGCAGGGCAGGUGAACCGCCGGCAAAGAUAUGCAAUUAAUGGAGUAUCUUUUGUACAAGCUGAUACACCCCUCAAGCUUGCAGACUACUUCAACAUCAGCGGUGUUUUCCGAGUUGGAAGUAUCCCCGAUAUUCCCACCGGUGGCCGGAAUAUCAGACUUGAUACAUCAGUCAUGGGAGCUGAUUACAGAGCCUUUGUCGAGAUUGUAUUUCAAAACCAUGAAAACAUUAUCCAGUCCUAUCAUAUUGAUGGAUACUCCUUCUGGGUUGUCGGGAUGAAUGGAGGAGUGUGGACACCGGCCAGCCGUUCAGAGUACAAUCUUAGAGACGCUGUGUCCCGUUGCACUACUCAGGUGUAUCCAAAGUCAUGGACUGCAAUUUACAUGGCACUUGACAAUGUCGGGAUGUGGAACGUAAGGAGUGAAUUCUGGGCAAGACAAUACCUGGGACAGCAAUUCUAUCUUCGAGUUUAUACUCCAGUGAAAUCGGUUAGGGAUGAGUAUCCAAUUCCAAAGAAUGCCCUGCUAUGUGGAAGGGCUAAAGGCAAACACACUAGGUCUCCAUAAACAGAAUUUGAUUGCUGCUAAAGUAUUGUGAUAUUAUUAUAUAUAUGCAUAAGUAUAAAGAUCAAAACUCACCACAGAUUAGAGGCUAAACUCAGGCUUCUUUAAGUAUCAUUCUUUUUCUUGAAAAAAAUUUGUACUUGGCUUGUAUCUAAUAACAGUUGAAUCCUUUCAUAUAUUUUUAUGAUAUUUUUUA